AACAUAUAUGUUUUAUGUACUGAAUGUAACUGUAGGUAAUUUUAUGUCUUUUACUGUUUGUUUUCUGCCAUGUGGUUAAUGGAGUUUUGCCUCUGUCUUUGGAGAUAAUUGAAUUACUUCUCAAUUAUCUCCAGAGCAGAGAGGAGGGAUUGUGAUGCAUUGUGGGAUGGUUGAAAUGUGUAAGUCUGUGAUUGGUCCUUUUACCCUUUGUGUCCCAGUCUCCCAUUUGGUCCCCUAGGGAGUGUCCACCAGGUGGGAGACCUGCAUAAAAGCCGGGCAGUUAGCCCCAGUAAAUCAGUUCCUGCUUAACCCUCAAAGUGAAGUGUCGUCUCAUUAUUGGGGGAGGAUUUACUGUAUGCUGUUAGAGACUGAUUGCCAGGAGUGUAAGCCGCUUGGGGGCUUUUCCUGUUCAUCUGCUAGCAACUAUUCGUGUGUCUCCAGUUUGGGAGUUUCGAGUAUUACCUUGGUAUGCAGUUCGGGAGUUUCGAGUAUUUCCUUGGUUGCAGUUCGGGAGUUGGUGAAUUCGUGGGUUUGCAGUUCAGGAGAUUGGUGCGUGCAGUAGCUGUUGGUGCAGCUGAAAAAGGGGAAUAUCGCCUAAACGGUUUUUAACCUCUUUUGGGCAAAACGGUCCGUUACAAUUGGUGGCAAGCGACGGGAUCAUUUCCACAGCCCAGAAGGACAGCUAUAAUACAACACCAGUUCCUGGAUUACAAAUUGAGGGCAAUGCCAGUACCCGUACAGCGACCCUAUGUACAAAAGAACCAACUUCAGCAGCGCAAGCAUGGCACCCAGCUACACUCAGGAGCAGUAUGACAGAGAGUUUACCACGUGGCUGGCUUUCUUUGGACCCAACCCCCUGGAGAAAUACGUGCAGUUCGUGAGGAGACAGGUAGAAGAGUACCUGCAGGUUGGAGCAGGGUGGACAUGUGAGUUGGCAGGUUGGGAAAGACCCCAGUGGCCGAGCAAGUUACAGAGAGAGAAGCGUGUCGUCCUUUCUCCCCAGCGGCAGUGUGUGUCCCAGGGAGCUGAAGGUGUCGUCCUUCCUCCCCAGCGGCAGUGUGUGUCCCAGGGAGCUGAAGGUGUCGUCCGUCCUCCCGAGCGGCCGUGUGUGUUCUUAGGAGAGGAGACAGUUGGUCCCUCUCCUCAGCAGUCAAGUGAGUCCCAGGGAGCCAAAGGUACCGUCCUCCCUCCCCAGCAGCAGGACAAUAUAUUGAAAGGGGAGACAGUCGGUUCCCCUCUCCCCCAGCAGGGAGAGUGUCAGGGAGAAGAGCUUGUUGCCCUCCUCUCCAUAGCGGCAGCGUAGCCCACCAAGGAGAGACAUUAAGCUCCCCACCAGCGCAGAUGGGACCGUGGUCUUUGCACCCAAGCUACAGGGAGCAAGGACGGCCGUUCCAGCUCCCCAGCGGCAGAGUAUUCUACCAGGAGGGGAGAAUACUUCCCAGCGGCGGCCUAGCCCACCAAGGGGAGAUGAGAAGCCCCACAACUGUGCAGAUGGGACCGUGGUCUCUGCACUUACAGCACAGGGGGUAGGGACAGUCGGUUUUGCCCCCCAGCAACAGGGUUGUUUAGCCAAAGGGGAGACAGUCGGUCUUCCCCUCCAGCAACCAGGCUCCAACCAGACUACUCCCGUGGUAGUGCUGGCACCAGGACAGAGUACCGCUGGACUCUGCCCACUCAGCAACCCACCCAGUCCGCUUACCAGUCACCCACACAGCCAUGGUGAGGUGCCUGGACAUGGACAACGUUCUCCUCUACCCAGGUGUAGUAACCAGUUCUUGUGGGUGGGCUGUAUUAGUGAUUGUGUUUUGUGGGUGGGCUGCUGGACUAACAAGGGCACUGACCGGCAUGAGGUCAGAUACCCUGUUAGUCUGAUUGGUAAAGGGGAGAAGUGUGGCGAAACCAACCUCGCCACUGUACACUGGAGAAGCCUGGUUGCUCGCCUGCUGCCUUUGGACUAUGGCCCCAUGUUAAAAGACAUCUUUUUUUCCUGCAGAAAAGACUUAUUCGUGCUUUUCUGCCGGGUGUUCGGUAGAUUUGUUUGAGUAUGUUGUGCCCCAGAUAGGAAUCCCAUGGAGCCCAUUCGCAUGAAACUGACUGUGUAAAGACUUUGGCUCCAUGGCGAUUAAACUGUAUUCGUGUGGUCUGAGCGCCAUUCGCUUAAUAAUGUGCGCUCAGACCUGAGCUAUCUGGGGAUAUGUAGAACAUAUAUGUUUUAUGUACUGAAUGUAACUGAAGGUAAUUUUAUGUCUUUUACUGUUUGUUUUCUGACAUGUGGUUAAUGGAGUUUUGCCUCUGUCUUUGGAGAUAAUUGAAUUACUUCCCAAAUUAUCUCCAGGGCAGAGAGGAGGGAUUGUGAUGCAUUGUGGGAUGGUUGAAAUGUGUAAGUCUGUGAUUGGUCCUUUUACCCUUUGUGUCCCAGUCUCCCAUUUGGUCCCCUAGGGGAGUGUCCACCAGGUGGGAGACCUGCAUAAAAGCCGGGCAGUUAGCCCCAGUAAAUCAGUUCCUGCUUAACCCUCAAAGUGAAGUGUCGUCUCAUUAUUGGGGGAGGAUUUACUGUAAGCUGUUAGAGACUGAUUGCCAGUAGUGAUGUCGCGAACAGUUCGUGGCGAACUCCGGUCAGCUGACACAUCCCUGCCAAUCUCCGGCAGACCCUCCCUCCCAGACCCUCCCACCUCCGGGACAGCAUCCAUGUUGAAGCUACCUUUCGUAUCAUCACUUGUUCUUUUUUUGCCUUCCCACCUACUGCGCUCAUGUAGUAGCUCUAAGGGAAAUAAACCAAUGAAGGGAUCUGAGUGAAAUUUCCGCAAAGUGUGCACUCAGAUCCAAGCUAUUCGGUGAUAUUACUUUUGUGGGGUUCCGAAGUUAUGAAAAUGCAUCUUUGGGGUGUUUUAGAAUAUUGUAUAUUUUUCUGUAGAGGAUCCUGGAGAAAAAUCCCUGUUUUAUUGUAUGUGAGACCCCAUGUAGGGGUCUGUGCAUAAAAGCUGUGUGUGGCCAAAAUAAAAUCAGUUGACUCCCAGAACUAUGUUUCGUCUGGAGGAAUGGAUGUCUGUAUGCUUUAAUGGUUCCAGAGUGGCUAAAGGAACAAAUUAGCGGAGGUAAUCAGUUGGGUUACCCGUGGUCUGCUACAGAGAUAUCCUUAGUUCCCAAAUAUAAGUUAGAGGCCUACAGCUACAGUUGCAAGAAAAAGUAUGUGAACCGUUUGGAAUGAUAUGGAUUUCUGCACAAAUUGGUCAUAAAAUGUGAUCUGAUCAUCAUCUAAGUCACAACAAUAGACAAUCACAGUCUGCUUAAACUAAUAACACACAAAGAAUGAAAUGUUGCCAUGUUUUUAUUGAACACACCAUGUAAACAUUCACAGUGCAGGUGGAAAAGUAUAGACUAAUUACAUCUCCAAGAGCUAAUUGGAGUGAGAUGUCAGCCAACUGGAGUCCAAUCAAUGAGAUGAGAUUGGAGGUGUUGGUUACAGCUGCUCUGCCCUAUAAAAAACACACACCAGUUCUGGGUUUGCUUUUCACAAGAAGCAUUGCCUGAUGUGAAUGAUGCCUCGCACAAAAAAGCUCUACGAUUAAGAAUUGUUGACUUGCAUAAAACUGGAAAGGGUUAUAAAAGUAUCUCCAAAAGCCUUGCUGUUCAUCAGUCCACGGUGAGACAAAUUGUCUAUAAAUGGAGAAAGUUCAGCACUGCUACUACUCUCCCUAGGAGUGGCCGUCCUGUAAAGAUGACUGCAAGAGCACAGCGCAGACUGCUCAAUGAGGUGAAGAAGAAUCCUAGAGUGUCAGCUAAAGACUUACAAAAGUCACUGGCAAAUGCUAACAUCCCUGUUAGCGAAUCUACAAUACGUAAAACACUAAACAAGAAUGGAUUUCAUGGGAGGAUACCACAGAGGAAGCCACUGCUGUCCAAACAAAACAUUGCUGCACAUUUACAGUUUGCACAGGAGCACCUGGAUGUUCUACAGCAGUACUGGCAAAAUAUUCUGUGGACAGAUGAAACCAAAGUUGAGUUGUUUGGACAAAACAAACAACACUAUAUGGCGAAAAAAAGGCACAGAACACCAACAUCAAAACCUCAUCCCAGCUGUGAAGUAUGGUGGUGGGGGCAUCAUGGUUUGAGGCUGCUUUGCUGCAUCAGGGCCUGGACGGAUUGCUAUCAUCGAAGGAAAAAUUAAUUCCCAAGUUUAUCAAGACAUUUUGCAGGAGAACUUAAGGCCAUCUGUCUACCAGCUGAAGCUCAACGGAAGAUGGAUGUUGCAACAGGACAAUGACCCAAAGCAUAGAAGUAAAUCAACAACAGAAUGGCUUAAACAGAAGAAAAUACGCCUUCUGAAGUGACCCAGUCAGAGUCCUGACCUCAACCCGAUUGAGAUGCUGUGGCUUGACCUCAAGAAAGCGAUUCACACCAGACAUCCCAAGAAUAUUGCUGAACUGAAACAGCUCUGUAAAGAGGAAUGAUCAAGAAUUACUCCUGACCGUUGUGCACGUCUGAUCUGCAACUACAGGAAACGCUUGGUUGAAGUUAUUGCUGCCAAAGGAGGUUCAACCAGUUAUUAAAUCCAAGGGUUCACAUACUUUUUCCACCUGCACUGUGAAUAUUUACAUGGUGUGUUCAAUAAAAACAUGGCAACAUUUCAUUCUCUGUGUGUAUUAGUUUAAGCAGACUGUGAUUGUCUAUUGUUGUGACUUAGAUGAUGAUCAGAUCACAUGUUAUGACCAAUUAGUGCAGAAAUCCAUAUCAUUCCAAAGGGUUCACAUACUUUUUCUUGCAACUGUAUAUACUUUCUCUACAAAACACAGGUUUUGUAGAGAAAGUAUGAGGAUCCCCCACAGUUUAGCCAAAAACUUGACACAAUAAUAAGGGAGAUCCUCCUCACAUUGUGUGAGCACUGUGCCAUGUUUUUAACAUCAUACAAAAUAACAUCACAGUAUUAAAUCUACAAUGCACACAACUACCUAAUUUUGCUGGAUAAAUUUGUGUUAGGUUACACAAUUCAUAAUCAUUUAUAUCCAUGAUUUAUUAUAAUAUUACCAACAACCCCACAAUCAUUAAUGAUAUCCAAUAAGAAAUUCAGGAAAGUUAGGGAAAUGGGUAAUAUUUACAUAUGCACCAUCAGCAUUAGUGUCAUGGCCUCUGAGGGACUGAACACCUCUUCCUAGAUGAUGAGGACUGCUGGCACCUCCAUUAGAAAUAUUUAGCCUCAGGAUAAUGGAAUUAGCAACAUGCCCAAUUAAAUCUGAUUCACCACUCAACAAGGCAACUUGAUUUCUCUCAGCCUUGCCAUGCUGUUAUAACUUCUGCUGCCCCUUCCACUGGCACUGCAAGCUCCUUCUACCAGUUCAAGCAUUAUAGCUUAUUAGUGCUCAGUGAUCGUGUUGCCAUUACCAGUUUUACCCCUAUUUCCUAUACUCACUGAAGAAACAUCAAAACUUUUAUAGGUAUCAUAAUUUCCACUCCUUGUGGAAUAGGUAGAGCAGAGUAGUCAAGUAGUGUCCCCAAAGUUGUUGGUGGUUAGUAAUCAAGUUAUGUUAUUGUUACUCUUUACGCCGCCACUCUAGACAUUUGUUUAAGUCUGUCCUAGCAGAAUAUCAAAUAUGAUACAUAGGAAUUACAAGAGGAGAGUCCAAAGAGGAGAGGAGAGGCAGCAGUCAACUAUUUUCUGACUCUACUGUGCACUUGUCACUUUGUCCAUCUCUAUAUCAGAAUCAACUAAUUUCAUGGAAACAGUUGGAGCAUUAUUACCUAUCAAUGCCAGAAGUAGCUCACCAUGUGAGAACAUUAAUACUAUCACCACUGGCCUUCCCAUUAGCAUUAAUUAACAAAAUGCUAGUGUAGAGGCUAGUGUUGUAAAUAGCAUACAAUGAUGCAAUCCACCAGCAUCUUUAUUAGCCACAAGACCAAGAGUUCAGCCAAAGUGCAAUGUGUAAAUUGUGUGACAAGGAAGUGAGUGGGGAUAGAAUGCCAGCCAUCACCCUAGUGACUGUAUGAACCACCAUCUUCAGACACCACAAGCCUGUAUUACAAAGAAAAGAAGCAGAAAGAGAAUGUUCUAGGGCAGACAUCAGGUCCACCUGUGAUCUUCAGAUUCUGUGCAACCGACUAUAACAAUUGUUACCACUUCCACUUCUACCACUCUAAGGCAAAGCACAGCAAAUGUUGGGCCUAGAACCUAGAGGGACAGAAAUACCCCUAUUCCACAAUACCUCAGGGGUGUGUCCACCAGCCUACUCUAACAUUUUGUUGAAUUUCAUACCAUGGGCAUAUCAAAAGAACAGGCUAAAACUACCCACUCAACUGAUUACUGUAGGGUGAGCUUACUUUUCUAUGACAGUAUGGGAGCCUUUUAAGCAGCUGAUAUAGGCUCUUGCUCUGCAAUAUGUGCUUCACUUGUCAUUCACUUUCAGCAUUAGUAGAGUCCCAUUACUAUGUCCCAUUACUAUGCUGUUAAUGCAUGCUACUUUCAUAAGAGCAGUAGGUAAGAUUGUAAGUUAGUGUGUGCACUUCACCACAGAUUUAUGGAGUGCUCCUAGUGGCAAGUCUGCCUUCCUCUCCUUGAUGGCACACCGGGGACAGCCCAUGUGGUCACAGUGAAUGAGGUCCAAACUCACCAGAAUGUCAGGCUGGAAGUGGAUCUGUAGGGCAGCUGGGCUAUUGUUCUCUCCUGCUACUUGCUAAAGUGAUGAACAAAAAGGACACAUCAGCAAAUAUCUUGCAGGCAAUUGGAGGAAUGGUUUCAAAUUAUUUUUGAGAGCAGACAGGUAUCAACAUGCAUGUUGAGUUUAUGGUCACUGAUCGAGCUGCAACAUGGCCAAAGCUCUUUAAGAAGGUUCCUUUGUAAGAUGUUCACUGUUUGUAAGAUAUUCACUGUUCUGAAGAGGAUUGUAGAGCUCUGUGAUGAAGUACCCUUUACCACUUGCUUUUGGAGGAGCCUAAUUGCCAGCCUCCUGCCUUAUGACUAUGGCCCUGGGGUGUAUGACCCUUUAAAAACCUUAUUUGGGGGGGCGGGGCCGGGCGGGGCCGGGCGGCCAUGCCAGCAGGCUGCAAGUCAACAUGGCUCUGGGGAAACUCGACGAAUAAUGGGUAAAAACCCAUCAAAAUCAGCAUGGAACCCCCUGGAAGUGCGUGAUACCUGACCCUGGAGUGUCCCGGUGUAGCUGGAGCACCUGAUAUCGGGUGGACCGGGUCCCGGUGAGACGCUCCGGGGCUGGGGAGACUGAGGCCUACCCGGGAAGGGAGCGGGGUGGACGGCCGCCGCCUCACCUUCCAUCCCCGGCAAAUACCGAGACCCAUGACAAAUCUGGGGCCCCCGGCCUCGCUUACCCCCCCUUUGGGCCGGCGGGGGUUAUCCCGGCCCCCACCGGGCAGACACCACCACGGCAGUGCUUCUUGGUGACUAGCCACCGACAGCCACCACGCGGCCCCCACAAAAUGGCCGACAGCAAGGCACCUAUUCGGCACACCGCUGAGGGAAGCUCCCACACCACUCAGCCAGGGCAAUGAUCACCCAUGGCAUUUACCAGCAGUCAUGAAGGGGCGACAGCGGAGACCUGCCAUUCUCCUGAACAGUCACCCCACAAGCACACUUACACGCCAGCAAAGGACCCAACGCUUACCUGCACUGAGCGUGCUCCACUGGAGAUCUCAAGACCCCAAGCGACCAGCUCAUCACAGCGUUAGAUACACCUGGGUACUGCGCCCAUAAAACAACCUACCCGCACUCACACACCAGCUGGGUACACAGCCGAGGAGGUCCGCAGACACUUUAACCCACAGAGGGACCCACAGCUCCAAAGGACGCAGAGAUGCUCUAUGAUGAAUAUCUGGGUGCCGGAGAAAAGGACACUGCUCAACACCAUCCACAACUCUAAAGCGACAGGUACCCCAGCGCCAUGUGACAGACAGCAAUUAAGGCAAAAGCUGCUAGACCUGCUGCUAACAGCCCCACUCACAGAAACCCUGGUUGUGAACACAUCCAAAUGGACACAUCUACUACCGACACUUAGUGCAGUUAACCACUUAAUAUGCCAUAACCUGCCUGGUGGCAACUGUUUACCUUACCUGUGUAACCCUUCUUAGAUAAGCUGUUAAUACAGGUGAACAUCAGUCUACUCACCUGCCUAAUCGACCUUAGGUCUUAAGCUGAGCCCUGAUAAGCACCUAGCCUAAAAUAAGGGGGCAGCCCAAGCCAGGUCAGAACCUGCAUUAGACCUAAUCACUCUUAUGAAGCGACAUAAACAGACAAGCAUUUAUAGAUAACUUUAUCACAUACAUGUCUAGCGUAGAAUGUUUAAUACGUCUCCUAAUGUUACAAAGCUUGUAAUUUUACAGUUAACCAAUAAGCCUGUUUAACCUUUAACGAAUACUCGACUUGUAUUAGCCUAUUAGAAUCAUUCCAAAUAGACAAAGCGGAUUAUCAAUCUUACGUUUAACUAUUAAUAUGCCUAAAUACUUUAACAUGGUAUUUCAUAUACACAAUGUUUCCUAGCCUGUUAUAUUCAUUUCUUAACAAAAAUGUGCAAAUGUAAAAAACCACGAACAUGUCUGCAUGAACCUGCCUGUGUCUGCUGUCGUGGCUACAUGGGCCUGCAUGUAAAAUCUUUUGCACCAAAAAAUAAAGAAUUUAAAAACAAACAAACAAACAAACAAAAAAAAAAACCUUAUUUGGGGGGCGUGGCCUGGCAGCUCAUGGACACAGACGUGUGAGCUGUUAGCUCCGACGAGGGUGCACAAAACGCAGCGAUUUGACGAGUGUAAACCGCCCAGACCGACUUACAAAAAGAUCACCUGAAAAGCCCAAACCACCAUGUCCCAAAGAGCACAAUUAAAAACGAAGUUGCGCCCGGCAGCCCUUCAAAUAUCAGCUCUAACUCCGCCGACCAGCAGAGCACAAGAUGGCGCCGGAGGCCCUGACUCACCCACCGCAUGUUCUGAAGAGAGUGAUAGCACAUCCAUCUCACAUAACAACGCAGCUCCUGCCUCAGAAACUGCUCUGCAACGCAUGCUCCAAGAACUGCAGCAGAAUCUUCAAAAGGAAUUUGCCAAACUGGCCCGGGAUGUCCGCGCGGAUAUUAAAGAGAUAAGUGCACGCACCGCCAUAUUGGAGGAUAAAACAGAGGAAAUCAUAGACGCGCAUAACAACCUAGCCGCAACCUGUGAAACCCUUGAAAACCCACUUACUUUUUUGGAGGCUAAGGUAGCAGAUCAUGAAGAUCGCGACAGACGCAACAAUAUUCGCCUGCGCGGCAUACCAGAGGAAAUCAAACCCUCUGAAUUAAGAGAUUAUGCCAUAGGCCUAUUCAAGGCCCUCUGCCCAGAGCUUAGUGACGCCGACCUCUGUCUCGACCGCAUUCAUCGCCUGCUGCGUCCUAAAUUCUUAGCAGCAACUACGCCUAGGGAUGUAAUUACGCGUAACCACUACUUCACUUCCAAAGAAGCAGUAUUAAGAGCAGGCAAGAAACCCUGACAGCAUACCAGCAGAGUUCCGAGGAGUGAAGCUAUUCGUGGACCUUUCUGCAACAACCCUGGUGAAACAUAAAGCAUUGGCACCAAUCACUCAAGCACUCCGGGAAGCAGACAUCCUGUAUAAAUGGGGCUACCCCACACGCAUCAUCAUAAGGCGAAAUGGAGUGGAACACCAAAUACAAUCAGUAGACGAUGGGGCCCGACUACUAUGCGAAUGGAAUUUACGCAUCGUGCCUCAAGACACGAAAGACUCAGCGAGCAGAGCUAACAAGUCACCCACAAAAAUCUCUAAAGACUGGUCCACUGGGACAAGGCAUAAAUAACACAAGACUAAUGUUAACGCAUUGGGCUGAACAGCCCAGCCUAAUGCAUCAUCUUACCACCUAGAUACGUGAGCAUGCUCCAUGUCUGUAUAAUUGUUUUAAAUGUUUUUUCAUUGUAUAUGCCUAGUACGUGGUUAACAGAAUACCUAGCAUAACAAACACGUAGCCAUCAGUUACAACCUAGGGUGGAGAUGAUAGAUAAAAUCCAGAUUCCACUUACACAGAGAUGGUCUAUAUGACAUCUCACGUUCAAACCAACGCCUAUAUGGGCAGUUAAAUACUCACAAGGUCACCCUCCCCCAUUGUGGCUCCAUAGGGCCGACAAAGACCUCGUUGUGGUCUGAUACACAGUAUCUGACCAAAAUUUUGUACAUAGUUCCCCAGUGGGGAGUUACCCCUUCACACCCCCGACCUCCCUCCCAUACCCCACUUAAUACUAAAAAAUGUAGGUUGCUAGCCUUGGAUACCCAAUAUCACGAUACGGCUGUCAUGGGUGAGACCGCACUACCUGACCCUGGAGUGUAUAAGGCAUUGGAGCAGAAGGAAGUGUCCUUCCUUGUCCCCAAUCUUCAGAUUUGCAACAUGGGUCUCGGUAUUUGCCGGGGAUGGAAGGUGAGGCGGCGGCCGUCCACCCCGCUCCCUUCCCGGGUAGGCCUCAGUCUCCCCAGCCCCGGAGCGUCUCAAAGUCACCCAGAACAAGGUGCAGAUUCGAGAAACACACUUUAUUAUUUCCACAUUACACCGCAAGAAGAAGAACAUCCCCACCGCAUCCUCAUGGCGUUGGUAGUUUUUUCACUCAAAGUCAAGGGCUUAAAUACACCACACAAAAGGAGAUUAGCUCUCGAGGAAGCUAAAAGGAUGAAGGCCACAGUGGCUUUCUUCCAGGAAACCCACUUCCUAACCUCCAAACUGCCCAGAUUCUCGUCAAAAGAAUACCCGAUAGGAUAUCACACUGGCUACUCAAAAAAGAAGAGAGGAGUCUCCAUAUUAUUCAGCAAAGAUGUGGCUUUUUCAUUGCACAAGAAGAUUGGGGACAAGGAAGGAAACUUCCUUCUGCUCCAAUGCCUUAUAAACAAUGAUCCAUACACUUUUAUAAAUGUUUAUGGCCCGCAUGAUAACCAAAAGGCGUACCUAGACAAAAUCCUAACACUAGCAGACACAUACCAAUUUGGGACGCUGGUCAUAGGGGGAGACACGAACUUUAUUUUAGACGAACAACUGGAUACCUCCUCUACCCUACACGUCACGCAAAAAACGAAGACUAAACGUACCGCAUCCACGACCACUACCAGAACACAACUGGCCAACUCGGGUUAUGUAGAUAUAUGGAGAAUCCUACACCCUUCCGAAAAAGAUUUCACCUUCCACUCCCAAGUACAUAACUCCUACUCAAGAAUAGAUAGAUUUCUCAUACACAACACAACAAUCCCAACAAUUCAAUCCACCAGUAUAGCGACCAUCACAUGGUCAGACCAUGCACCGAUCACCCUCACCAUGGCAACUCGAUUCCCUACCAAAGGACGAGGUUCAUGGCGCCUAAACAAAUUUUUACUACGCAACCCCCAAAUUAUUACGCAAAUAAAAACAGAAUUAGAAGCAUAUUUCCACACGAACGCUAGCGCAGACAUUUCCAUAGAUAUCAGGGGCCUGUUCAUCAAGCAUGCUAGCUACGCCAAGAAGCAAAGAUUACGCACAUAUAAUGCCCUGAUACAACAAAUAACUACCCUUACGCACACAAAUAAAACAAACCCAUCGCCAGAACAUUAUAACACGCUGAGAACUUUACAAGCACAAUUAAAUGAAUUUGAACUGGACAAAACAAACCACAUUCUCCAGAAGUAUAAACAUAAAUUCUUUGCACAAGGGAACAAAUCAGGCAAACUUCUAGCGUCCAAGUUAAAGGCCCGCACGGCCAACCCUAAAGUGGCAUACAUAAUGGCACAAGGGAAUAAGAAACUCAUGAACCCGCAGGACAUAGUAGAAGAAUUUGCGCAAUACUACAGCUCACUAUACAAUCUCAAAGAUGACCCCACAACAACCACACCGACCAAAACACAAGUACGAGAAUACUUAGAUACAGUAACACUACCUACACUAACUCAGACAGAAAUUGACACAAUUACUAAGCCAAUCACAACAGAAGAACUGAGGAAUACAAUAUCGAAACUACCCCCUCAUAAGUCCCCAGGCCCAGACGGUUUCACCAAUCUGUACUACCAAACCUUCUUAGAAACCCUAACUCCACACCUCUCCAAGCUCCUAAACCACUACUACACUAAGGGCGAAAUGCCCUCUGAAAUGCUACAAGCACACAUAUCAACACUCCCGAAACCAGGCAAACCUGUGACGGUCUGCCAGAAUUUCAGACCCAUCUCUCUACUCAAUUGCGAUACAAAAAUCUACGCAAAAAUUUUAGCUAACCGCCUUCAACACAUACUGACUCGCAUAGUACAUAACGACCAAUCAGGCUUCAUCAAAAGCAGACAAGGGUCAGACAACACGAGGAAGAUUGUAAAUAUCCUAGCCCACAUGGAGACACACAGAACAGAGGGCCUCCUUCUGGCAUUAGACCCCGAAAAGGCCUUUGAUAGGCUAAACUGGGAAUACAUGGAACAAGUACUUCUCAAGUUUGGCUUCCCUAGCUCAUUUAUCAAGGGCAUAAUGGCACUAUAUUCCAAACCAUCUGCUAAAGUCACUAACACAGGCUUUAUUUCGAACCCCUUCCACAUCACCAACGGCACUCGCCAAGGAUGUCCACUCUCACCUCUAUUAUUUAUAUUCUCACUUGAACCUCUAGUUUACAAGAUUAGAACCCACACAGACAUUGCGGGAAUCCCCGUGAAACAGGCAGACUACAAAUUGUCCAUGUUUCCCUUACGAUACCAGAGCACUCCCUGCCGCACCUUAUGAACACAUUGGAAGAAUACGGCAACAUUUCUUAUUAUAAACUGAACCAGGCCAAAACCCAAGCACUUCCCAUACGUCUUCCUGCAACAACCGUACAAACGCUGAAAAAGCUGUACUCGUUUGAUUGGAGACAGACCCAUGUAACAUACCUAGGGGUAAAAAUAGCCGCCACAUAUAGAGGACUUAACACCUUAAACUAUUCCACACUACCACACAUGUGCAAACAGAUCCUGCACAAGUGGAAAGAUGUCAUGCUAUCAUGGCUGGGCAGGAUUAAUGCCGUAAAAAUGAUAGUACUCCCAAAACUGCUUUAUGUAUUUAGGAUGCUUCCAAUACCUCUCUCCCCCACAUUAAGCAAACAAAUUCAAACGAUAAUAACAAAAUACGUAUGGGAGAACAAGAAAACCAGAAUACCACUGAUUCUUAUACAAACGCCCACCAAAGAGGGCGGACUGGGUUUCCCUAACAUAUCACAGAGCAGCGAUUAUCGAAAACGCGAUAAAACUACACGCUCCACCCCACCCGCUACAAUGGGUAGAUCUCGAAAACAAAUACGACCCCACAGGCUCAGCGGUAAAUCACAUGUGGACGCCCAAACAAAUGCGGAACAAACGCAAGGAACUGUUACCACUUACCAAACACUUGAUACAGACUUGGGACCACCUACACCGUGCACAGAAAACAGAAAGCAAAUACUCACCUUGGGCUCCCAUCACGGCGCUCACCUCUGUAUCGCCAUGGUUGUCCCUAGAUAGAUGGAAGGAACUUGGGGUAACCCGUAUUAUGGAUAUAUGCCACCAGGGGGCUAUACUACCCUUCCCAAAACUUCAACAAACACAUAAACUACCACCAUCCUACAUCUUCCCGUAUCUCCAACUUAAAAGCCUAAUUGCUAAUAAGGUAACACCCCCAACGUCACACAUAGGCCCCACAGACCAUGACCUAUUACUAUUGUACGAUAGGUGCCACAACUCACCGAUCAAACCGAAGAUGCUAUCAUUGAGCUACACAGCUUUAAGAAACCAAACUCCACACCCAGAGUUCAAAUACCGAUUGCACUGGGAAAAAGAAUGCGCAAUGUCCUUCACGGACAAGCAAUGGACAGAAUCGCUCCAAGCCCUCAAAGGAAUCACCAUGUGUUAUUCACAUGUCGAAGCACAUAAAAAGCUACUCUACAGGUGGUACUACACGCCUGACAAACUCCACAGGAUUUACCCCCACACCUCGGCCAACUGUUGGAGAUGUGGGACGGAACGAGGCACAAUGACCCAUAUUUGGUGGAAUUGUCCGAUCAUUACACCCCUAUGGACGGAAGUCCAUGAGACAUGGCAGGACUUGGGGAUCAAACAACUACCACUUACACCCCAACUGACUCUCUUCCUCCAAUACCCCAGCUCAAUACCUUAUACGGACAAACACCUGACAGUGAUGAUGAUUCUAGCAACCCGCAACCUCAUAGCGUGCCACUGGAAACAAACUGAACGCCCCACCACCACAAUGCUACAACACAAAAUUAGACAAUACCUCCGAUAUGACUUGCUCACAGCUACCUCUCACAAAUAAGCCUCUACCACGCUCCUUAAUUGGCAAAGGUGGACAGACUGGGUGGCUCGUAAGGGGACCGCAGACGAGGCCCCAAAUACUACUAUAGAUUGACACUAUAGAUUGACACCAAUGACCAUAGGCUGUCGACAGCCAGAAUGCUCGAGGUCCGUCAAUAGAUCUUUAAUACAACACAAGGCAACAGAAUAGGGCAAAUUGUAAUAAUAACAACGAAAACACAAAGCACAAUAACAAAUAGAGUAAACUAGCGUAAAAGUACUCGAGUGACAAAAGCUGCAGUACAAUAUAAUGCACAAAAGUGCAAUCAACUGCAUCCUUGUACCUCUGCACCUAGGUAAUCCGAUAGCUCAGAUCAAAUAUGUAUAUGUGCCAAUAUAGACUGUGUCUGUAUCCAUGCUUACUUAAGAUGAUCAAACAUGCAACCUGAAAGAAAUGUGUAUUUGAAUGUCCCCCCCUUCCCCUCCCUUCUUCCUUUCUGUACCCUAACCCCGGAAUUUUUCAAUAAAAUAAAAUACGAAUUGAAAAAAAAAACAACCUUAUUUGGGCCUAUUGAGACUUUUGAGACAGUGCCCCUUUUAAAACUGUGUCCCUCGACUGUGAAAAUACUUUGUUCGUGUCCUUUUCCUAUAUGGUUCGGUAAUUGGGGCUUACCGAACAAAUUACUGAACAGGCAGACCACACACAAGUUGAGUGUGCAGCUCAUUUACCUCCCAGGCUGGUGGUUAACUGCAAGUUAAUUGUCGAACGCUGGGUGGCCACCGUUCGUAUAGUUGAACACAUGGCGGCGGUCAUCUUGUUUAGUCGAACGCGUUCAGCUGUGUUUUGCCAUCGAGCUCAACUGAAAUCGGAUACACGACGGCACGAACACCGCUGAACCUUACCUUCUUUGCCACUUCGACGGAAAUCAAAGUGCGUUAGACUAUUCAAACGCACCGUUAUAAUGGGCUAUAUGCACAAAUGGUGCCCGUUUGUGCAUUCGAAUGGGACUUAGUCCUUUUUUCUAUGUGAAAUAGACCGACCACACAGCCCAAAUCUAUGGAACUCUUUUGAGCAGGAAAGUCAUGCUUGCGGUCGGUCAAAUAGGACUUCCAUCUAUCUUUUGAACCACUGGACAAAUUCGGAUGAUUUUCUAAAUAUGUUUGUUCACAGAGUAUGCCGGUUCAGAAAAUGUAACUCUUGUGAAAAUUGCAUGUAUAGUUUUGAAGUUAAUAAUAUUGUAUAAAACUGUAUAUUUUCUUGCCUGUGAUAAUUAAGUUAGCCCAUUGUGUUCAGUAAUUAUAUCACAGGCAGGGUUUGUGUGCAGUAUUUGGGAGUGUUUAAAUAUACAAGUCUGUCCUGAUUGGUUUUUACAACUUUAUGUUCAUGUGGGUGGUAACCUUGAGGGAAAACUUGUAUAUAAGUGCCAAUAAACCCUCAGACUGCUGAGUUCCUGUUUUACCCUCAUCUCAUGUGUGGGGGAAACAGCUGCAUCCACACUGGGGAUUGCUAUACGCUCUAUACUCCCCUGGCUAUAAUCACUAAGCUCUUUUAAAAGCUGGUUCCUGCUUCGCUAUCUGAAGGAAGAGAGGUUCACCCACUGGAGCCUGGAGCCUUGUCAUAGGUCCAGGUUUUGUAGGAGAUGGCGAGACCCCAACCAAGCUGUGGCGGUUUGUGGGGUCUGCAGUGCUUAUAGUGUCAGGGAGUGCUUGGAGCCCUCGGGAAGCAUAAGGAGCAUCCAUCAACAGAAGGUACCCAGUCAGGGUGCCAGGCAUUACGUUACAAGCUCUUCCACAGUUGCAGGAGGAUUGUAGAGCUCUUCCACAGUUGUAUGAGGUCUUGUCAAUUCUUUAGGUGUGAGCAAAAGAAAAGAGAUAACAAACAGAGAAAAGGUGUAUAAAUGACGCUAUAAAUCAAUAACGUAUAUCCCAGUGGUCUCAAGCUACACAAGUGUUGUAUCACCUAAAACACUUACAUCAAAUAUGGAGAAACAGAGAGAAGUUGGCGCACACAAUGGAUAUUUUUCUCCUUAAUAAUCUGAAAUAAAUAUAACAGAACCUUUAUAGGGCAACAAAUAAAAGAAAAUUUUCAGAUAUAUGUAUAACAGGAAAAACUCACAAUUUGGAGAGCCAUAUAUGUCGGGUCUCUACUAAAAAGGCAGGUGAGUAAUCCCAAAACGACAAGUAGCCGCAGUGAUGAUGGUCCCCCAGGGAAAGAGUUGCUUCAAAUCAACCUGGACAGAAUUUCAGGAACCCAAAGUAGCUCAAAAACGCUGUCUAUAUUACAUAUAAAAUAAAUAAAGGUAUAAAAAACAGUAGCACAACGUGUUUCGACCAAUAUACUGGUCUUCCUCAGGUGCAUAAAACACAAGUACACAUAACAGGUUUAAAUACCUAACAUAUGUAAAACACAUGUAAAUAACAGGUUUAAAUACCUAACAUAUGUAAAACACAUGUAAAUAAUUGCAGUAACCCCUCCCACAAUGCCCAUAUAUGGAGGUUCCGUUUUUCUUAUUACUCCUCCAAGAUGGUGGCAUAUGGUAUAUUCCAUUGUUAUCCAAAGGGGGCUAACCUUUCCAAGAUGGCAACAUGAGCAGGAUAUCCAUGAAAGUCACUUCCGGCUCACGUUGUGACGUCACUUCCGGUUCACGGUGUGACAUCACUUCCGGUUUACGGCGUGACGUCACUUCCGGCUUCGUCUAAUCAAGGGAAGCAUUUCCAAUUGUCCCAAGAACUCCAGGCAUAUAGUAGAAGUCCGCCAUAUUUAAAAAGGGAAAGGAAGAGGGCAAACACAGAGAGAGAAGGGAUGCCAAGAUAAAUAGAUCAUAACCACAAUAAAACAUUAUAUAUAUUAUAAUAAAUUAAAUAAGAUAAUUAAUUUAAAAGCUAAUUUCAAACACAUAAAACUAAAUGUUUUUUCCAAUACUUAUAUAUUAAAAAAGAACUGAUCUCAAACCAAAUAAACCAAUACAAAUCACCAAAAUAUCUGUUUUUUCAUUUACAAAUUCGAGCACAUGUGGAACAAAAAAGGGAGGAAAAAAAAUUCUUUCUUUCUCUCCUUUUUUCUUUAAAAUUGGUCCAAUAUCAAAAUCGAUAUUCAUUCCUUUCGGGAAUAGUGUCUGGAGGUCAAAAAUCCAUGAACUCUCUUUUUUACUCAGGUUUAAAACUUUAUCACCCCCUCUCCAAUGAGUCGUUACUUUUUCUAUUGCCAUGAAUUCUAGAUCUUUGGGGUCUGAAAGAUGUUUAUCUAAAAAAUGCUUAGAGACACUGUGAUUUAAAAAUCCCUUUUUAAUGUUCCUAAUGUGCUCUCCGAUAUGAACUUUUAGGGGUCUCGAUGUUUUCCCCACAUAUUGUAAACCACAUUUGCAUUUUAAAAGGUAGAUAACAUUGCUAGAAUGCAAGAGAUAAAACUAGGUACUUUAAAAGACUUAUUGGUAACCACAGACACAAAAGACUCCUUUUUCUUCUUAUUAAUAGUCGUAUUUUUACAGGCAAUACAAUUACCGCAAUGAAAAAACCCUUUUUGUUUUUUUGACCAGUCGUCUAGAAAAGUCGGUUCCUUCUCACUAUCUACAAAACUUGAUGUUAAAAUCUGUUUCAGGUUCCUAGCACCCCUAAAAAUAAAUUUAGGCUUGUGGCCUAUAAAAUCUUUUAUAUCAUGUUCUUGUUGGAGAAUAUGCCAAUUUUUAUUAAUAACCCUCUUUAAGGUACCAAUAUUAGUGCAAUAGUUAAAAAUAAAAGGGAUUUGAUUCUCUUUCUCUGUUUCCUUUUUUACUUUGUAUUUAAGCAAUUCUGACCUAUUAAUUAAAUUAGCAUUUGUAAUGCUAUCAUUAAUGAUUUCUUCCUUAUAACCCUUUUGUACAAAUUGAUUUUUCAAGAGGGAAGAUUGGUUCUGAAAAUCAAUUUGUUCAGAACAGUUUCGUUUUAAGCGUAAGAACUGUCCCUUGGGUAUAUUCCGUAGCCACGGAUCAUAAUGACAGCUUUUUAUAUCUAUAAAACUGUUAAUAUCUACCUGUUUAAAAAAAGUUCUCGUUUUAAUUUGGUUAUCAUCAAUAAAAAUAUUUAAAUCUAAAAAAUCUAUAGAUUUUUUACUAAUAUUUUCACUUAAUUUAAUACCCCAAUUGUUAGAAUUAAGAUCAUUAAAAAAUAGGUUAAAAUCUCUUUCAGUUCCUUUCCAUAUUAUAAAAAUAUAUCAAUGUAUCUUUUAUAGAGGACCAAGUUUGCCCCAUAUUCAUGUCCCUGAUAUAUAGAAGAUCUUUCCCAAAAUGACAUGAAUAAAUUAGCCUAACUUGGGGCAAACUUGGUCCCCAUAGUUGUUCCACAGAUCUGAAGAUAACAAUAAUUAUCAAACCAAAAGUAGUUAUUCAUUAAAAUCAUUAAGAUUCCUUUAGUUAAAAAUUCUAUUUGUGCUUCUGUAAGUUCUCCAGAUUGUUUUAAAUAAAACUCUGCAGCUUCUAGUCCUUGUCUGUGUUUAAUAAUAGUGUACAGACUGGUUACAUCGCAUGUAAUUAAAAGGUACUCCUCUUGCCAUACAAAAUCAUUUAAAAGAUUUAAAAGGGACAUUGAAUCUUUCAAAUAGGCUGGACAAGUUUUUACAAGGGGUUGAAGAAAGAAAUCUAUAUACUGCAAUAACUGUGUUAAUAUAGAGUCAAUUCCUAAAACAAUAGGUCAACCCCGGUGGGUUUACUAAACUUUUGUGAAUUUUAGGUAGACUAUAAAUAACAGGUAUUCUUGGAUGCUCUACUUUAAGAAAAUUGUAUUCUUGCUCAUUCAAAACGUCAUUCGCUAUUCCUUCUUUUAAUAAGUCUUCAUAUUUAUUCUUUAUUUCCAUAAUUGGAUUUUUGUUUAAUUUAGUGUAUGUACUGAUUUCGCUUAACUGUCGUCUUAUUUCAUUGAGAUAAUCAUCUUUAUCUAAGAUGACAACUCCGCCCCCCUUGUCAGCUGGCUUAAUUACAAUUCAGUUAUUUUGUUUUAAUUCUUUAAUCGCUUCUCUUUCUUUAAAAGUGAGAUUUUGAUUAUAUUUAGUAAGUGGUUUGAUCUUGUACAGUUCAUCUAGACAAACUUUUUCAAAAACUUUCAUAUUUAGAGUUUUUAAAAAUUGGGGAAAAAAGUUGAUUUUUUUCUUAAAAUCUGAAUGUUUGGUAAGACUUGUGAUCUCAUUUGGUGUUUUUUGUAUAUUGUUUUUAAAACAAAUUUUAAGACAAAGUUUUCUCGUGAAUCUAUUAAUAUCUAUAAAAGCCUCAAAUUUCUUUAUGGGGCAACUUGGUGCAUACUUAAAACCUUUAGUUAAAAUUUUUGUUUGAGCAGAAGAUAAAAUGACUUUGGAUAAAUUAAAAAUCUUUAUUUCAUUAUUAUCUUUUUCUUUUUUUGAUUUAUCUCUCCCUCCUCUAUUUCCUCUUCUAUUAAUCUUUGUCUUUUCUGUGUUUUGAACAGCUCUUCUCUUCUCCAUCUCUGGUCUAAAAAAACAUUUUCCUCACAUUCGCUUCUAAGUCUCUCGUAUCUAUUUUUAGUUGGGAUUUGAAAAGGUAUUUACGUCAAGCUCUAUUAAAUCUUCCUUCCUUUGAGUGAUAAUAAUGUUAAUCAUGGUAAUUGAAAAUUAUUCUAACGCAGAGAUCCAAAUCCCCAUAAAUUUCUCCUUUUCCAAAUCAAAGGUAGGGAACUUAGUAAACCUUAGUCCUCUUGGUGUAAUUUUAUCUUUAAAAUAUUUCUCAAGUGUAAACACCUCCCAUUUCAUUUUUAUUUCUCUACUUAAUAAUUUUUCUAAUUGAUUAAUCUUAAGGUCUAAAUUAUCACUUAGAAUCAGUGCUUCUUCUACAAUUGGCUCAUCACACAUAAACUUCUGUAUUGUGGAUUUAAACCAAUGAUUUCUUGCUUCAAAUAGCGACAUAUAUUAGACAAGCAGCAUAUAACACCAGGUGAUAGAAAAAUAGAUAACAAACAGAGAAAAGGUGUAUAAAUGGCACUAUAAAUCAAAUAAUAACGUAUAUCCCAGUGCGUCUCAAGCUACACAAGUGUUGUAUCACCCAAAACACUUACAUCAAAUAUGGAGAAACAGAGAGAAGUUGGCGCACACAAUGGAUAUUUUCCUCCUUAAUAAUCUGAAAUAAAUAUAACAGAACCUUCAUAGGGCAACAAAUAAAAGAAAAUUUUCAGAUAUAUGUAUAACAAGAAAAAGAGUUAUAUAAGUCGGCUCUCUACUAAAAAGGCAGGUGAGUAAUCCCAAAACGACAAGUAGCUGCAGUGAUGAUGGUCCCCAAGGGAAAGAAUUGCUUCAAAUCCACCUGGACAGAAUUUCAGGAACCCAAAGUAGCUCAAAAAGCCUGUCUUUAUUACAUAUAAAAUAAAUAAAGGUAUAAAAAACAGUAGCACAACGCGUUUCGACCAAUAUACUGGUCUUCCUCAGGUGCAUAAAACACAAGUGCACAUAACAGGUUUAAAUACCUAACAUAGUUAAUAACAAUGUAAAACACAUGUAAAUAAUUACAGUAACCCCUCCCACAAUGUCCAUAUAUGGAGGUUCCGUUUUUCUUAUUCCUCCUCCAAGAUGGUGGCAUCUGGUAUAUUCCAUUGUUAUCCAAAGGGGGCUGACCUUUCCAAGAUGGCAACAUGAGCAGGAUAUCCAUGAAAGUCACUUCCGGCUCACGUUGUGACGUCACUUCCGGUUCGUUUAUUUUGUUUAUUUUGUUUAUUUUGCUGUUGAUACAAAAGAAGGCAAAAAAAACCAGUUUGAAGCACUUCCAAUUUUGCAACAAACAAGGAAAAAAAAUCCUUCUUGACCCCAGAAUGGCAGUUAGAUGUAUCCUUGGAUCAAGCAGCUAUUACCCUACAUUGAUAGAUUAUAUCCUUGAAUAUUCUGUUUUUGCAAGUAUGCAUCUAUUUGAACAUGGUAUGGACUCUGAUAAAACGACUUCUUCAGUCAGAGAAUUCCACAUCCAUAGCAAUCUACAAACUGGAGAUAGGACAGAAAGGAGAUGGGCUUUAGCUCAGUAUAAGGGGGUGGAGAUGGGGGGAGCGGCAAGCUCAGAAAAGAGAAGGUAUGUAAUGUUGAUAAUUCACAAAAAGGACAAGUGACUCAUAAUAUUAAAUGUAUGCUUACUAAUGUAAGGAGCCUAAAUAACAAAAUGGGAGAACUAGAGGCAAUAGCAUACACUAAACAAUUUGACAUAAUAGGCAUAUCUGAAACAUGGUAGGAUGAGACAUAUAACUGGGCAGUUAACUUAAAUGGAUACAUGUUAUUUAGGAAGGAUAGGAAAAACAAGAAGGGGGGUGGGGUAUGUUUGUAUGUCAACUAUGAGUUAAAGCCAAAUCUUAAGCAAGUGGAAUGUGAUGAGGAAAAUAUGGAAGCUUUAUGGGUAAAUAUCUGCUUGGGGGAAAAGAAGGGAAAUCUACUAUUGGUUGGGAUAUGUUAUAAACCACCUAAUAUUAAUAUUGACGAGGAACAACAGCUGUUUGAGCAAAUUAAGAAAGCUGCAAAUCUGGGUAACACUUUAAUUGUUGGAGAUUUUAAUUACCCAUACAUAAAUUGGGACAGAGGGACUAGUAGCUCAGCAAAGGGAAUUAAGUUUUUAAACUUGUUAAAUGACACCUUUAUGUCACAACUUGUACAAGCACCAACUAGAAAGGACGCUUGUCUGGACCUGGUUUUAACAAACAACGUUGAUCUUUUGACCAACAUUCAAGUAGGUGAGCACUUGGGAAAUAGUGAUCACAAUAUAGUGUCCUUUGAAAUAAACUCAAAAAAAUAAAAGCACAUGGGGGAUACUAAAACAUAUAAUUUAAAAAAGGCCGAUGAAUGAAUACCCUUUUUCAUGCAUGACAAUACCUAACUGGCCUUAGCCACUGCUGAUUGACAUUGCACAUUGUUGAUAAGUUUGUUGUCUAUAACAAUUCCCAAGUCCUUUUUGUGUGUUGUUAUCCCUAAUUCGCUUCCAUUAAGGGUAUACGUUGCUUGUGCAUUCUUUACGUCGAAGUGCUUAACUUAGCAUUUUUCAACAUUAAAUUUAAUCUGCCAUCUGAGUGCCCAGUCCCCCAGUCUAUCUAAAUCCCUCUGCAGCAAAGUAAUAUCUUGCUCGCAUUGUAUUACUUUACAGAGUUUUGUGUCAUCUGCAAACACUAAAAUAUGACUUUCAAUGCUUUUUUCAAGAUCAUUUUAAAAUAUGUUAAAUAGAAGGAGUCCCAGAACAGAACCCCGAGGGACACCACUUGCCACCUCUGUCCAGCUUGAAAAUAUACCAUUAAUGACAACUCUUUAUACUCUAUUUUUAAGCCAAUGUUGUACCCAAGAACAAUCAUUUACAUCUAGACCGAUUUCCUUGGUUCUGUUGUGUGGAACCAAAUCAAAUGCCUGGGCAAAAUCCAAAUAGAUCACAUCCACUACAACACCCUGAUCUAAACUUCUACUUACUUCUUCAUAGAACGCAACCAAGUUUGUUUGGCAUGAUCUGUGCUUCAUAAAACCAUGCUGAUGUUCUUCUCAAGGAAUUCUUGAAUAUUAUGCCUUAAUAACCUUUUAAAUAUUUUCCCAGCCACAGAAGUUAAGCUCACAGGUCUAUAAUUUCAAGGCAAGGAUUUUGAACCCUUUUUGAAUAUAGGAACCACAUGUCACGGUUCUCACCGCAGUAGACAGACGGCCAGACGUGGUCGCCCAAGGAGUUCCCAACAAAGGAUUUGAACCGGGGAACUUCGCAGUCCAGGUCCUGCUUCCUACCUCUGAGCCACAGCAGCUUUUAUAUUCCACAAGUCAUUCCAGUCCUGUACAUCCUGGCAUGUCUGUUACUCUGGGGGCUGUACCUUGACUUUAGCUGUGCUUCACCUGACUCUGAUCAGUCAUCAGCAGGGUAUUUAAACUCAGCCUCGCCCUGUGUUCAGCAUCAAGUCUUUGAUCCUGUUGUGUGUUUUGUACCAGUGUUCCUGUUGUUUGAUCUGCUACUUAUUAUUGACCCCGGCUUCUGACUACGUUUACUCUGACCUUUGGCAUCUCUUGACUUCGGCUACUCCUUGUUGUUCCUGUACUCUGGCAUCCUUUGACCUCGGCUAUCCCUUGACGAUCUUGCUGUUUGAGUCCUUGCCUGUCCUACAACUUGGUACUUCAUCCUGCACAGACCCACAGGCCGGAUGAAUUCUUACCUGACCACCUUGGCCUGUGGCUAUCUGCAAGGGUGAGCAACAUAUCUGCGCUACAGACUGCCAACCCAGGUAAGACCCUGACACCACAUCUGCCUUCCUCCAAUUCUCUGGAACACUUCCUGAAAGAAAAUAAUCUUGAAAAAUUAAAAACAGAGGUUCACUUAUUUCUACACUUAGUAUAUUAAGUACUUGUGGAUGAAUACCGUCAAGCCCUGGAGCUUUGUUUAUAUUAAUUUUCUUUAGUUACUGCAGCACCUUGUCUUGAGUUAACCAAUAACAAUUAUUCUGCAAAUUUUUUGCAGCAAUCAUUUGCACAUCUAUUGCCAUGGGUUCUUCCUUAAUAUAUACGUAGGAGAAAUUGUUAUUUAAAAUUCCUGCCUUCAUUAACUAACACCCCCUUUCAGUUUUUAGUGUACCUACACUUUCAGGUUUUUUUUUUGUUUUUUUUAUACUUUAUUUACUUAAAGAAUGCUUUGGGGUUGGUUUUGCUCUCUUUGGCUAUCAUUUUUUUUUCAUUUUGAAGUUUAGCUAAUCUAAUUGCCUUUUUGUACGCAUUAUUGGCUUCCAUAUAUCUUUUAUAGGAUGCAUCUGAUUUGUCCGAUUUAAAUGCCAUUUUCUUAUUUUUAAUCUUGUGUUUUACGUCUCUACUAAGCCACAUUGGUUUCUAUUUAUUUUAUAUUCAUUACCCAAUGGUACAUACUUAGAAAUGUACCUUUCUAAUAUUUGUUGGAGGAUGUUCCAUUUAUCCUCAGUGUUCCUUUCACUAAAGAGUUUAUGCCAGUCAAUAUAUUGUAAAGCUGUCCUUAACUUCUAGAAAUUGGCCUUUUUUAAAUUAUGUUUUAGUAUACCCCAUGUGCUUUUGUUUUUUUGUUUAUUUCAAAGGACACUAUAUUGUGCUCACCUACUUGCAUGUCGGUCAAAAGAUCAACGUUGUUUGUUAAAACCAGGUCCAGACAAGUGUCCUUUCUAGUUGGUGCUUGUACAAGUUUUGACAUGAAGGUGUCAUUUAAUGAGUUCAAAAACCUAAUUCCCUUUGCUGAGCUACUAUUUACUUUGUCCCAAUUUAUGUCCGGGUAAAUAAAAUCUACAAUAAUUAAAGUGUUACCCAGAUUUGCAGCUUCCUCAGUUUGCUCAAACAGCUGUUGUUCCUCAUCAAUAUUAACAUUAGGUGGUUUAUAACAUAUCCCAGCCAAUAGUUGAUUUCUCUUCUUUUGCCCCAAUAAGAUAUUUACCCAUAAAGCUUCCACAUUUUCCUCAUCACAUUCCACUUGCUUAAGAUUUGGCUUUAACUCAUGGUUGACAUACAAACAUACCCCACCACCCUUCUUAUUUUUCUUCGAAAAUAACAUGUACCCAUUUAAGUUAACUGCCCAGUCAUGUGUCUCAUCCCACCAUGUUUCAGUUAUGCCUAUUAUGUCAUAUUGUUUAGUGUAUGCUAUUGCCUCUAGUUUCCUAAUUUUGUUAUUUAGGCUCCUUGCAUUAGUAAGCAUACAUUUAAUAUUAUGAGUCACUUGUCCUUUUUGUGAAUUAUCAACAUUACAUACCUUCUCUGUUCUGAGCUUGCCCCUCCCCCCCGUCUCAUUGUAUCAUUGUUGGUCUGUCUUCCUCAAUAGCUGAAGUCAAAUUGUCUAGAAAAAUUCUCUUUGGAACUAUAGUUGUAAUAAUGUUCCCUUUUUUUUUAAAUCCUUUUUAAUUGAGAGAUCUAAUCCACGUGAUCUGGCAGAUCUCUUGCCUAUCACUGGAAACUAAGCUGAUUAUUUGACCCAAGCCCCCCAAAAAACAACAAAGACAACCAACAAACAAACAAACAGAUUCUUCUGCAUAGCAUCCACCAUGGUGCCAGGAAUGGCACUGCAAAUCAAGAAUAAAAAUUAGCAUGGCUUGAGAGACUCAGUUUCCCUGAGAAUCUGGCCCCAAGUAGCUGAUCAGUCUCAAUAAAUCUGAAUGGAAGUUUGGCCCAAAACUAACAUACAAGUCUAAUAUACAGUAUCUUUAGACUUGCUUUGCAGUAAACAAUCCACUUGUAAAACUGUCUGUUGUAAAUGUAUCUGUCAUGUUAGUAUUAUGAAAUCCAAAGUGUAGUACUUGCAAAGGUAGGCAAAGUAAUAAAAUAAAGUCCAAUCAAACAAAUCCAGAAAGGUCAAGGCAAACGCAAGGUCAGGCAGUCCAAAGAUCAAAUAUUAAUGCGGCAAAAGGUCAGAAGUGAAAGUGUAAACCAAAUGUCAGGUAAUCCAGAAAUAACACAGAAGAGCAGAAAUAGCAAAGGUAGUUUGCAAGAAAGUAGCACAGAACUGAGCAAUGAUAGCUCAGCUGUUUACAAUUUAAGUACCUUGCCUAACAAUAGACACAUCUAUUAGAGUAUAAGCUGUCAGUAUCUGGGUUUCUCAUGGGAGGUAAUAUGUUCCAUCCGCGAUCAUAGGGCUGUCCUGCAGCAUGGAACAAUCAAGCACAUAUCCCAGGCGUCUAUCGCUACCUAGGAGAAGUGACGCAAUCAGAGUUUGUAGGUCGCCGGUCAAGCAGCAAGAGAAUGGAGGUAAUUCAAGACAGUAUCUAUGUAGCUUUCUUUUUUUGAGCACAAAUGCUUACAUCUGAUAAGUGUAAUAGAUUUCUAUAUAGAAUAAGAAGUUAGUUGCAAUUUACAUGUUUGCAAAUAGAACAGCAAAACAGGUGAUGAAUUAUAGCAUCAGCUGUUUUAUAACAAAAAUGUCCAGCAAAGUGAAUCAUUAAUCCUACCAUGUACUAUUUAAAGCUUAGUGGCUAUAAUACAUUUAACCCCUUUGGGAAAUGGGCAAUUGUACAAGUUCAAAUCAUAACAAAACCUAGAAAUUGCAUUAUAUGUCUGUUGCACCCAUACUUAUUAUUAUAUAAGUAUUAUAUAUCAUUUUGUUUGUUUAGGAGAAACAUGACUUUCCUUGCACAUCACAUAUUCUUAUAUGAAACAUAGUUUAAUAUGAAUAAAAUCUAAAAAUGUUUGAGAAAUUAAUAUAUAUAUAUAUAUAUAUAUAUAUAUAUAAUUUCUCAAACAUUUUUAGAUUUUAUUCAUAUUAAACUAUAUAUAUAUAUAUACACACAGUGGUAAUCAAAAUUAUUCAACAUUUAUUUACAGACUUUCAGCUGUUUGCAAUGAACAAAUCAAACAAAGGCAAUUAAAAUAUCUCAACACAAAUUUAACUAAAAUGCAGCUUAUAAUGACUUCUCCAUUAUUCAACCCCCUGAAUAGAAUCCCUCACAACAGCACCAAUAUAUGCAAAACAGGUGUUGUCUCAAGCAUACCUGAUGCAACUAAUCAAGGGCUUCAUUAGUUGCACCAGGUGUGCUUGAGCUGGAACACUUUAAAUACCUGAACUGGCUAGGGGGUUUGUUGAGUGUCACAUUUGGCUGAAUGUUAGAAAUACGGCUAAGCCAAAAGGAUGGUCCACAAUGUUAAGAGGUCAUUGCCCUUCACAAAUAAAAAACAGGAUACAAAAUAUAGCAAAGGCACUGAAUGUUCCUAGAGACACUGUUGGAAGCAUAGUUUGUACGUUCAAAGUUGAAGGAACAGUGGUUACAUUCCCUGGAUGCAGAAAAAGGAAACUAUCAAUGGCUGCACUAGAUAUCUGAGAAAGCAGGUUGUGAAAAACCCUCAAGUGACUACAAAAGACCUCCAGCAAGACUUAGUGACAACAUGCACUGAGGUUUCAGUGUGCUAUGCCAGAACUCCAAGAUGUACACUACUACUUACCCAAAAGCACAAGAAAUGCUGGCUCCAAAAUCCUCAAUCGUAUAAAUAUGCCACAGAAGUUUAGGGAUUCUGUUCUGUGGAGCAAUCAGGCAAAACUGUAACUCUUCGGCACAUUGGUUCAGCGUUAUGUCUAGAGGAAGAAGAUUGAAGCUUAUGUUGAAAAUAUCACUUUGCCUACAGUUAAAUAUGGUGGUGGCUCGGUGAUGCUCUGGGCCUGCUUGCAUCCUUUGGCACUGGAAACCUGCUGUAUGUGGAAGGCAAGAUGGAUUAAUUGAAGCAUCAGGAAAUCCUAGGAGAAAACCUCAUGCUGUCUGUGAGGUAGCUGAAGACAGGGCGUCAUUCGAGCUUCUAAUAAGACAAUGAUCCCACGCAUACCUCAAAUUCCACCAAGGCUUAGUUGCAGAAGAAGUCCUGUAAAAUUCCACAGUGGCCAUCAUAGUAACCUUACUUAACCCCUUAAGGACACAUGACAUGUGUGACAUGUCAUGAUUCCCUUUUAUUCCAGAAGUUUGGUCAUAAAGGGAUUAAACCUCAUACAAAAUCUCUGGCGGGAUUUGAAGAAGGCAAUUGCCGAUUACAAACUCAAGAAUAUUAUUGAACUGGAGGCCAUUGCUCAUGAUUCCUCAGGAACACUGCAGGAAGCUGGUGUCUGGAUAUACAUCUUGCUUGAAGCUGAUCAUAACAGCAAAAGGGUGCUCUACUAAGUAUCAAAGAUGCUUGCCAUGAAGGGUUUGAAUCAUUUUGAGACUGGAGAAGUCAUUUUAAGUUGCAUUUUCAGUAUAAUUCAGGGAAACCACUUGAAGCAAUCGUUGCAUAUAUAUAUGUUUUGUAUGGUGCAUUCAAUAAUUACUAACAAGUUAUGUUCUUUUGUUUAUUUUCCUUUACAGCUCUGAUUACUCUAACUGGAAUCUGCAUCUACAUUGCAUAUUCUGCAUCUGCAUUAGAAAAUGCAGCUUGUCUCUUAAGUUCUGAAAUACUUGAAGAUAUCGAUAUACGGUUUGGCUGGUCUUUGGCUUUGGCAUGGAUUUCCUUCAUUACAGAGGUUCUUACUGGAAUUGCGUUUCUUUUGGCUGCCCGAAUUACUGGUCUAAAACGAACUAGAGACGGAGCAGAUAUAAAAUGAUAUCUGGGCUAAAUUUUUUGCAAGUAUUACAACUCUUAUAAAAAGCAGCUUCAUUUGAUUCCUGAUCUAAAAGUCUGUUUCACACCAACACAAGUUAAACUUUUUUUUUUUUUUUGCAUAGUCAAACAGUUCUGCUAGAAUACCUG